AUGGUUGGAGUAGUUUUACCUGGAAAUAUUUCUGAUGUCAAAUGUGACAUUCCUGAAUUAAGGGGUGAUAACUAUAAGGUGUGGAAAGAAAGAGUGCUACUGCAAUUGGGAUGGAUGGAUAUUGACUAUGCUGUUAGGAAAGACGAACCACCUGUUGUAACGGAGACUAGUACUCCAGAUGCAAUUAGUCUUUAUGAAAAGUGGAAGAGGUCCAACCGUCUCUCAGUUAUGUUCAUAAAGAUUAAAAUAUGUGCUAGUAUACGUGGUUUUGUCGAUAAGCAUACUAAUGUUAAAGAACUCAUUAAGGCCAUCGAUGAGCAGUUUGCAACUUCUGAUAAAGCUCUUGCUAGCACCUUAAUCAUGCAGUUUUCAUCCAUGAGGCUCAUUGAGACCAAGGGAGUGCGUGAUUACAUCAUGCGCAUGAGGGAUAUAGCAGCUCAACUUAAGGAUCUGGAAGUUACCAUGUCCGAGUCUUUCCUAGUGCAUUAUAUUUUGUGCACUCUUCCUAAUUAA